GUGUCCAUUCUCACCGGUUUCCUCGGCGCGGGCAAAACCACCCUCCUGAACCACAUCCUCCAGAAUCAAGAAGGUGCACGAGUAGCCGUGUUCGUCAAUGAAUUCGGGGCCGUGGAUAUCGACGGCGACCUGAUUCGCUGGCAAGGGCACGUGGACGAGCAGAG